AUGGGUCACCUUGUGCUAUCACUGCUGCUGCUGUCAUUGAUUGUCCGCGCACAAGGUUUAAGGUGUACGCAGCCUGGCGAGACUUGCUUUAAUAAUGGAAAGUGUGAUUCCAGCGGAACAAAUUGCAGAUGUCCCAGUUCCUUCAUUGGAGAUCGAUGUCAAUUCUCCAACCCAUGCUCCAGAAAUCCCUGCCUGAAUGGAGGGACCUGCAAUGCUGAAGUCCGAGGUAGUGAUGUACAGUUCACUUGCAGCUGCCCACUAGGAUACCAAGAUGCACGCUGCCUUACCCGCAAGGACAACGCUUGCCUCAGCAGCCCAUGUCGCAAUGGAGGAACGUGUGAGCUGGUCAUAAAUGAGAAGAAUUAUAGGUGUAGAUGCCCUCCAGGGUGGACAGGAGACACUUGCCAGCAGGCUGACCCAUGCGCCUCCAACCCUUGCGGCAAUGGUGGAACUUGUGUCCCAUUCGACUCCCAGUAUGUGUGCAAAUGCCUGGAAGGUUUUCAUGGAGAGACCUGCAAGCAGGACAUCAACGAAUGCAAACAGAAUCCGUGCAAAAAUGGUGGAACCUGUGUUAACAGCUUUGGAUCUUUCUCCUGUCUGUGCAAGAGUCGUUAUACUGGCAAUUACUGUGAGAACCCAUAUGUGCCAUGCAACCCAUCACCUUGCCAAAACGGGGGCACCUGCCGGCAGACCGACGACACUUCCUAUGAAUGCACCUGCUUGCCAGGAUUUGCAGGUCAGAACUGUGAAGACAACAUUGACGACUGUCCUGGACACAACUGCAAGAAUGGAGGGACCUGUGUGGAUGGCGUAAACACCUAUAACUGCCAGUGUCUCCCUGACUGGACUGGCCAAUACUGUACGGAAGAUGUUGAUGAAUGUCAGUUGAUGCCAAAUGCUUGCCAGAAUGGUGGUACGUGCCACAACACCCAUGGUGGCUAUAACUGCGUCUGUGUCAACGGCUGGACGGGAGAGGAUUGCAGUGAAAACAUUGACGAUUGUGCCAAUGCUGCUUGCAACAAUGGAGCAACCUGUCAUGACAGAGUUGCAUCUUUCUUCUGCGAAUGUCCACAUGGACGCACAGGUCUUCUCUGUCACCUUGAAGAUGCUUGUAUUAGCAACCCAUGUAAUGAGGGCUCCAACUGUGAUACCAACCCUGUCAAUGGCAAAGCGAUCUGUACUUGUCCAUCUGGCUACAGCGGUCCUGCCUGCAAUCACGAUGUGGAUGAAUGCUCGCUAGGUGCCAAUCCAUGUGAACAUGCAGGAAAAUGUAUCAACACUCAGGGUUCUUUCCAAUGCAACUGUCUCCCAGGCUAUGCCGGGCCACGAUGUGAAAUUGAUGUCAAUGAAUGUCUUUCGAACCCUUGCCAGAAUGAUGCUACGUGCCUUGACCAGAUUGGUGGAUUCCAGUGUAUCUGUAUGCCAGGCUAUGAAGGCACAUACUGUGAAAUCAAUACAAACGAAUGCUCCAGCAACCCCUGCUUACACAAUGGCAAAUGCAUCGAUAAAAUAAACGAGUUUCACUGCGAAUGCCCUACAGGUUUCAAUGGGCCCCAGUGUCAGUAUGACAUUGACGAAUGUGCCAGUACACCAUGCAAGAAUGGCGCUAAGUGUAUAGAUGGACCGAAUGCCUACACCUGCAAAUGUGCAGAAGGUUUUACGGGGGUGCACUGUGAGACGGACAUAAACGACUGCUACCCAGACCCCUGCCACUAUGGUACCUGCAUUGAUGGCAUCGCCACUUUCUCCUGCCUAUGUAGACCUGGGUUUACUGGGCGGCUAUGUGACACUAACCUUAACGAAUGCCAAAGCAUGCCGUGUCAGAACAGAGGAGAAUGUAUUGACCAGAUCAACAGCUACAUGUGCCAGUGCCCAAAGGGAACCUCGGGUACAAACUGUGAGAUCAAUUUGGAUGACUGCGCCAGUAACCCAUGCGACUCUGGCAAAUGCAUUGAUAAGAUUGAUGGCUAUGAGUGCGCCUGCGAACCAGGCUACACAGGAAAAAUGUGUAAUAUCAACAUUGAUGAAUGUGCCAGCAACCCGUGCAGUCACGGAGGGACCUGUGAAGACCUUGUCAGUGGUUUUAAGUGCACCUGUCCAGAGGGCUUCCAGGGACACACGUGUAUGUCCGAAGUGGAUGAGUGCCGCAGCAACCCUUGUAUCCAUGGGACGUGCCGCGAUGGAGUCAACGGGUACAAGUGCGAUUGUGACUCUGGCUGGAGCGGCACCAACUGUGAUGUUAAUAACAAUGAGUGUGACUCCAAUCCCUGUAUGAACUUCGGAACCUGCAAGGACAUGACCAGCGGCUACAUCUGCUCCUGUAGAGAAGGAUUCACUGGAGUAAACUGUCAGACCAACAUUAACGAGUGUGCGUCAAAUCCUUGUCUGAACCAAGGCACAUGCAUAGACGGGGUUGCCGGAUACAAGUGCAUUUGUCCACUCCCCUAUACAGGGGAGACAUGUGAAGAUGUGCUGGCACCGUGUGGUAACAACCCAUGUAAGAACGGAGGCAGAUGUCAGGAGUCUGAAGACUAUGAAAGCUUCUCCUGCCUUUGUCCUGUGGGAUGGCAAGGCCAAACCUGUGAAAUUGACAUCAAUGAAUGCGUGAAGAACCCUUGCCGAAAUGGUGCUUUGUGCCAGAACACUAACGGAAACUACAAGUGUAAUUGUAAACCCGGGUACACCGGCAGGAACUGUGAGACGGAUAUCAACGAUUGUCUGCCAAAUCCCUGCCACAACGGAGGCUCCUGCACUGAUGGUGUUAACGAAUUUUUCUGCAACUGUUUGCCGGGCUUCCGUGGUCCAAAUUGUAAUGAGGACAUAAAUGAAUGUGCGAGCAACCCGUGUAAAAAUGGUGCCAACUGCACUGACUGCGUCAACAGCUACACUUGUACUUGUCCAUCUGGAUUUAGCGGCAUCCAUUGUGAAAUUAAUACACCUGAUUGCACAGAAAGCUCUUGCUUCAAUGGUGGCACUUGUGUCGACGGCAUCAACACAUUCACCUGCCUCUGUCCACCUGGCUUUACCGGGAGCUACUGCCAGCAUGACAUCAAUGAGUGUGACUCCAAACCCUGCAUGAAUGGGGGAACAUGCCAGGACAGCUAUGGCACGUACAAGUGCACCUGCCCUCAGGGGUACACUGGGUUAAACUGCCAGAAUUUGGUUCAUUGGUGUGACUCCUCUCCUUGCAAAAAUGGAGGAAAAUGCUGGCAGAGGAAUAAUCUGUAUCGAUGUGAAUGCAACAGUAGCUGGACCGGAUUGUACUGUGAUGUGCCCAAUGUUUCGUGUGAGGUUGCUGCCCUACAGCGAAAUGUGGAUGUUAACAAUCUGUGCCGCAAUUCCGGGUCAUGUAGGGACACUGGGAAUACUCACUAUUGUUUGUGCCAGCCCGGUUACACUGGUAGUUACUGCGAGGCGCAGGUGGAUGAAUGCUCUCCCAGUCCAUGCCAGAAUGGAGCUACAUGCACGGACUACCUAGGAGGCUACUCCUGUGAGUGCGUAGCUGGAUAUCAUGGUGUUAACUGCUCAGAGGAGAUCAAUGAAUGCCACUCUCACCCUUGUCAGAAUGGAGGAAUUUGUAUUGAUCUUAUCAACACUUACAAAUGCUCCUGUCCCAGAGGAACGCAGGGCGUUCAUUGCGAAAUUAACAUUGAUGACUGCAAUCCAUCUUAUGAAGGACCCAACCAAGAGCCUAAAUGUUUUAAUAGCGGCAAAUGUGUUGACCGUGUAGGUGGCUACCACUGUAACUGCCUGCCAGGUUUUGUUGGCGAGCGCUGUGAAGGAGAUGUAAAUGAAUGCCUGUCUAGCCCUUGUGAUGCCCGCGGAACGCAGAACUGCGUGCAGCUCAUUAAUGAUUACCAAUGUGAAUGCAGGCAGGGGUUCACAGGGAGGCGCUGUGAAUCGUUGCUUGAUGGCUGCAAAACGAAACCCUGCAGGAAUGGAGGAACCUGCGCUAUCGCCAGCAAUACGGAACGUGGUUUCAUCUGCAAGUGUCCACCGGGAUUUGAUGGCGCUACUUGUGAAUAUGACACUCGUAUGUGUGGAAACCUGCAAUGUCUGAAUGGGGGCACCUGUAUAUCUACAUUAAAGAGCCCCAAAUGCUUGUGUGCCGAUGGGUUUACUGGUCUAGAGUGCCAACAUGCAGUCAGCAGUUCUUGUAAUCCAAACUCUUGCUAUAACGGUGGCACAUGCAAGUCUCUUCCCCAGGAGCCAUUUUAUCAGUGUAUCUGUCCCAGGCAUUUUAACGGUCUCUUUUGCCACAUUCUGGACUAUGAGUUUGAAGGUGGUUCAGGCCAGGACAUCAUUCCACCCAAAAUCAGCGAAAAGUGCGAGAGUGAUUGGUGUGCCGCACAAGCCGGGAACAAGAUCUGCAAUGCUCAGUGCAACAGUAAUGCCUGCGGUUGGGACGGAGGAGACUGUUCGCUUGACUUCAAUGACCCAUGGAAGAACUGCUCGCAGGCACUGCAGUGCUGGAAGUACUUCAAUGAUGACAAAUGCGACUCACAGUGCAACAACGCAGGCUGCCUCUAUGAUGGCUUUGACUGCCAAACAAUUGAAGUCCAGUGCAACCCUCUUUACGACCAGUACUGUAAAGACCAUUUCCAGGAUGGACACUGUGAUCAAGGCUGCAACAAUGCUGAGUGUGAAUGGGACGGUCUGGAUUGCGCCAAUAACAUGCCUGAGAAACUGGCAGAUGGCACCUUGGUGGUGGUGGUCCUUAUGACUCCAGAGGAGCUGAAGAACAAUUCCUUUAAUUUCCUCAGAGAGCUGAGUCGAAUUCUGCACACCAAUGUUGUCUUCAAGAAGAAUGAAAACAAUGACUAUAUGAUCAUCCCGUACUAUGGAAACAAGGAGGAGCUUAAGAAGCAUCACAUUAAACGAUCUGUACCAGAAUGGUCUGAGGCCUCCAGUGCCAUAUUCAGCAGUUUAAGGGAUUCCUUGAUCCCUGGACGGUAUCGGAGGGAACUGGACCAGCUGGAAGUAAAAAUGUCAAUUGUAUACUUGGAAAUAGAUAACCGGCAAUGUUUCCAGGCUUCAUCCCAGUGCUUUAACAGCGCAACAGACGUAGCGGCCUUUCUUGGAGCGCUUGCCUCCCUUGGGAACCUAGACAUCCCGUAUAAGAUUGAAGCUGUAAAAAGUGAAACGGCACCUCCACCACCCAGCUCUCCACUGUAUCCUGGCUUGGUUGUUGGAGCGAUCUCCCUCCUGCUGAUCUUCCUCGUGGCCGGGGUCAUCGUGAACAAGAAGAGACGGAGAGAGCACGGGCACCUCUGGUUCCCAGAGGGUUACACAGUGAAAGAGUCAAACAAGUCCAAGAAACGAAGAGAGCCCCUUGGGGAAGAUUCUGUGGGUUUAAAGCCACUGAAGAAUGGUGCAGAUGGUUCGCUGAUGGAUGACAACCAAAAUGAGUGGGGUGAUGAAGAAACGCUGGACAGCAAGAGAUUCAGAUUUGAAGAUCAGGUGAUGCUUCCUGACCUUGGAGAUCAGACUGAUCACAGACAAUGGACUCAACAACAUCUAGAUGCAGCUGACCUCCGAGCUCCAUCCAUAGCACCCACACCGCCACAGGGAGAAAUCGAUGCUGACUGUAUGGACGUUAAUGUACGCGGACCAGAUGGUUUCACGCCACUCAUGAUCGCAGCAUGCAGUGGAGGAGGCUUGGAAACUGGCAACAGUGAAGAAGAUGAAGAUGCUUCUGGGCAAAUGAUCUCGGACUUUAUUGGGCAGGGUGCCAACCUACAUAGCCAAACUGACCGCACCGGAGAGACGCCACUCCACCUGGCUGCCCGAUAUGCCAGAGCAGACGCUGCCAAACGUUUGCUGGAAUCCAGUGCAGAUGCCAAUGUUCAGGAUAACAUGGGGAGGACUCCUCUUCAUGCUGCUGUAGCAGCAGAUGCCCAAGGCGUAUUUCAGAUUCUUAUACGUAACAGAGCAACAGACCUAGAUGCCCGUAUGCAUGAUGGCACAACACCACUGAUCCUGGCAGCUCGUCUGGCAGUGGAAGGCAUGGUUGAAGAACUUAUCAACUCCCACGCUGAUGUGAAUACAAUCGAUGAGUUAGGAAAAUCUGCUUUGCAUUGGGCCGCAGCAGUAAAUAAUGUGGAUGCUGCAAUGGUCCUGCUGAAGAAUGGUGCCAACAAGGACAUGCAAAACAAUAAGGAGGAGACUCCGUUGUUCCUGGCAGCAAGAGAAGGAAGCUAUGAAACUGCUAAGAUGCUGUUGGAUCACUUUGCAAAUAGAGACAUUACUGACCACAUGGAUAGGCUUCCCCGUGACAUUGCCCAGGAACGCAUGCAUCAUGACAUUGUCCGGUUACUGGAUGAAUACAACCUGGUGAGGAGUCCUCAGCUGCACAACGGUCCACUGGGUGCUCCAACCUUAUCUCCUCCCAUCUGUUCCCCAAAUGGCUAUAUUGGGAAUAUGAAACCAGCAGUACAAGGGAAAAAGGCUCGAAAGCCUGGUGCCAAGGGCCCUGGUUGUAAAGAUUCCAAAGAUAUGAAGGCCAGGAGAAAAAAGUCUCAAGACGGAAAAAACGGACUUCUGGAUUCAGGAAGCUCUGGGGUGUUAUCUCCUGUUGACUCAUUGGAGUCACCUCAUGGGUAUUUGUCAGAUGUCUCUUCUCCUCCUCUGAUGACCUCUCCAUUUCAGCAGUCUCCUUCAAUGCCUCUCAACCACCUCACCAACAUGCCAGAUUCUCAUAUUGGCCUGAAUCACCUAAAUAUGAAUGCCAAGCAAGAAAUGGCUGCUGGUUCUAAUCGAAUGUGCUUUGAGACAAUGGCGCCCCGUCUUACUCAUCUCUCUGUGUCUAGUCCCAGCGCUGUUCUAAACACUGGCUCCUUGCAGUUUACAGUGGGAGGUGCACCUGUCAUUAAUGGGCAGUGUGACUGGCUAGCAAGAUUGCAAAAUGGGAUGGUAGCAAACCAGUACAAUCCUAUGAGGAGUAACCUCCAACAAGGUGGUAACCAACAAGCAUCAGCCCUUCAGCAUGGUCUGAUGACAUCUUUGCACAACGGUUUGCCAACAGGUCUGACACAAAUGAUGACCUACCAGGCCAUGCCAAACACGAGGAUGACCAACCAAUCUCAAAUUCUCCAAGCGCAGCAGAUACAACAAAUUCAACAGAGUUUACAGCUGCAGCAACAAAGUAUGCAGCAACAACAACAGCAGCAGCAGCACAAUCCAAGCUCUGGAUCUGGCAGCCAUAUUGUUGCUCCUUUUUGUGGAAGUGAUAUGGCCCAGUCAGAAAUGCAGCAGAUGACAGGUAAUGGCCUACAUGCCAUACUCCCCCAGGACACCCAAAUCCUGACUGGCUCACUGCCAGCACCUCUCACGCAGUCUAUGACGACUACUCAGUUCUUAACGCCACCAUCUCAGCACAGUUACUCCUCCCCGAUGGACAACACUCCAAACCAUCAGUUACAGGUGCCUGAUCACCCAUUUCUGACACCAUCUCCUGAGUCACCGGACCAGUGGUCAAGUUCCUCCCCUCAUUCCAAUAUGUCUGAUUGGUCAGAGGGUAUAUCAAGUCCGCCUACAAACAUACAAUCCCAGCAUAAUCACAUUCCAGAAGCUUUUAAAUAAACUGCCGAGACUAGACCCUUAAAGA